AUACUUUGCGUUAAUCCGCAGAGCGUUGCCAGCGUUGCAGUCCAAGCCAAUCCAAGCGGUCAAAGCCGUAUCCUCCAGUCCUCCAGUCAAAACUUCAGUCAAAACCGGUAUACGAAAGGCACCAGUUAACUGAAGUGGGGUGGAGCAGGGGUAAGGUUCUAAAUACGCUAACAGUCAAAGGCGAGAGCGAAAAAUGGGGAAAAAGAAAGGCAAAGCGGCGGGAAAGAAAAAGAAGGUAAAGGAUUUGGGACCCACACCAGCGGAAAUUGCUCAAAUGGAAGGUGAGCUCCAAGCCAAAGUCGCUGAGGUCUCUACAGAAAUCGAAGGAUUGAAAACCAGCAUCGAUGAACUGCGUGAAGAAAAUCUCAAGCUUCACGAGGAAUCCACGACACUCAAGGACGACACCCAAGCCUACGUGAGUGAGAUGCGGGCGCGCUCGGAGCGGCGCCAGGCGAUCCUGCAGGGCAUCCAGCUGCUCAAGGACCAGCAGCUGGCGUCGGUACAUCAGCAGCGGGCCGACGCGCGCAGCGGCUACCAGCGGCGCCGGGCGGCGCUGCAACACGAGAUCACCACCCGCUCCCAGGAGCUGGUGCUGGCGCAGAAACAGCUCCAGGACCUGGAGCCCGUCCGGAAGCUGCAGCAGGAGCAGAACACCAAGAUCAGCUACCUUGAGACCAAGCUGGACGAGGAGAAAAACGUGUACGACACGCAGGUGCUGGAGAUGAAGCGGCAGCUCAUCAGGCUCAAAUACUCGCUGCAAGACGAGCUGCAGCGAGAGCUCGACGACGUGAAGGAGCACGCCAGCUCAGUGGCUCAGCAAUGCCUCGGGAACUACGUGAGCCGGGUGCGUGAGGAGAACGCCACACUGCGCGGACAGCUCAAGGAGCGUAUCGACGAGAACAAGCUACUCGAGUCCGAGUUCCGGCGCCAGAGUCACAUCCGCAACGAGCAGCUGCGCGAGCGCUCCUACCGCAGCGGCAUCAUCCGCCGGCUGCAGGAGAAACUGAGCCAGCUGUAGCCGGCUGCAGGAGAAGCUGAGCCAGCGGUAGCCCGCAGGCUGGCCGCCGGGGGCGGGGUUAGGGACCCGGCUGGCGGCUGCUGGGAAAGCACAGCCGCCCGGCAGGCCGCAUGGAAGGGGACAGGGGGCGACCGGCGGGCAGAUAUGUUGGGAUGAGUGGACUGUACUGUAAUGUUCACACAAAGUCCAGAAUCCAUAACAAUGUGCUGUAGUAAUCUAAAGUUUGGUAUCUAGCAUGCACGAAAAUCACUAAAUUUGGGAAAUGAGCCAUAAUAGAAAGCAUAAAAUCUGUAA